AUGUCCCCAACUCAAGAUGAUUAUGCUCUAAACUCAGUGCAAAGGAACUCAACAGCACCCUUAUUGGGCCAUAGACAAACACAUUCAUAUGUCAACAUCACCCCCCCAGUUCAUGAUCUUUUGCAUUCAGGUGAUCACAAUAUGCAACACACACAUUCACCUGCCCACACUUCUGGUCUUGGGAAGCAAAGUGCCUUGCCACCACCCAUAUUUGGCCAGAGACAAAGACAUUCAUCUGUCAACAUGACACCCCCGGUUCACAAUUGUUCACAUUUAAGUGAUCACAUUGUGCACAACACGCCAUCUCCUCCCCACACAUCUGGUCAAGGGAGGCAAAGAUCCCAUCAUUCAAGAUCAACUUCUCUGCAGUUGCAAUCUUAUUCCCAGGAGGCAUCCCCUUCAGCCUACAGGUAUUCCCCUGUGUCAAGGGGAACUCAUGUUAGAUCUACAUCUAUUGGAAUGCAAACACCUUCACCUGCUCAUUCAUAUGGUCAUUUGCAAAGAUCCUCAUCAGGCAGCCGCUCUGGUCAAUGGCCAUUGUCCACUCGGUCCAACUUCAAUGUGUUAGGUUCAGGUGGUAAUUGUUCAAGAUCAUCCUCUGUUGCAAUGCGUUCACCUGGUCACUCAUCAACCCAGAGUGAAUCCUCUGGGACAGAUCAAUCAUCUGAUGAGAAUAUUGAAAACCUUCUGGAGGAAAUGGAUACUUAUGACUGGGGUAAUGAAGAUGACUGGGAAGAUGUGGUCUAUCAGGGACCAUCAACUACUAAUCACCCCUCUGAGAAAGUUUCAGAAAGUGCAUCAGUACCCAAAAAUGGUUGGUACCCAUUUGGAAAAUUGGAGAACACAAUUGCUAUUAUGAUUUACGGUUCAGCACGCAACAUGAUUAGUCGAAGGCAAUAUGAUGCAAUUCGCAGUGCAGUCAGUCUGGCUGGCCUCAGGUUGCCAACUUACAAAACGUUGAAAAAUAUCUUGAAGCGAGCAAAAAUAGCUCUUGGUUUGAAGUUGGAAACUACCAUAAGUCCCUUGAAUAAUCCCUGUCAUUCUUUACCCAUCAAGGAUCUUUUGAGAUUGGAUUUGGCAAAGCCACAUGUGGCUUGCAAAUUGUCCUUUUACCCUGCAGUCUCCAAGUAUGGUUUGGUCAAAGAGUUCAUUCAUUGUGAAAAAUGGCUGAAUGGUUUUCCUUCUUGGAUGUGGGCACCAAUGGUUUCGACUGAUGUUGGCCACUUUUAUCUGUAUGAGCCGGUGCAGCUAUGCAAUGGAAGAGUGGUGGUACCAACACAUUUCUAUUAUUUGGGAAAUGAUUUGGUGGCAAAGUGCCUUGAAUUGCAUCUGGUAAAUUAUGAAAACCCCAGGCAAUCACGAAUGGAGAUUUUAAAAGAGGACAAAGUCACCAGGGAUGAAUCAUUGGUUUUCAAAGUUAAGGACUUUCACAAGACUUUUGAUAACAUACUGUUGCCGAAUGGAGGUUGGUUAAAAGAUCAUUAUGGUAAUGCUCUAUAUCAGGAGAUGAAACUAAUAUGGUAUUGUAUUCUCAGAAUGUUCAGACCAUGA